AAUUGGGCCAUGUUAAUCCAAAACGACACCGAACGAACACACUGCUUCCUUUCACACACCGAAAACAACCCCCAAGCGUCGCUCUGUAUUUUAGGUUUCAGCUUUUUAUGUUCUAAAACCCUAACAAAUUCUCAGCUUCUUUCUUUACCCCCGAUUAAACAAGAAGAAAGCUUGGCUAAUCAUUGAUAAUUGAAUUAGUGGAGAUGUUGCGUAGAAACAUAAGAUUAAGGAGAGACUAUUUAUACAGGAAGAGCUUGGAAGGCAAAGAGAGAUUACUAUACGAGAAAAAACGCAAAAUCAAAGAAGCCUUAGCUGAGGGAAAGCCAAUUCCAACUGAGCUUAGAAACGAAGAGGCUGCUCUUCGCCAAGAAAUUGAUCUAGAAGAUGAGAACACUGCAGUUCCAAAGAGUCAUAUUGAUGAUGAGUAUGCAAAUGCUACUGAAAAAGAUCCUAAAAUUUUGCUUACUACUUCUCGCAACCCAAGUGCCCCUCUUAUUCAGUUUGUCAAGGAAUUGAAAUUUGUCUUUCCUAAUGCAGAACGAAUCAACCGUGGUGGUCAGGUUAUCUCUGAAAUUAUUGAAAGUUGCCGAGCACAUGAUUAUACAGAUGUGAUUUUGGUUCAUGAGCAUCGUGGUGUGCCUGAUGGUUUAAUUAUAAGUCAUCUGCCUUUUGGUCCAACUGCUUACUUUGGAUUGCUCAAUGUGGUUACUAGACAUGACAUCAAGGACAAGAAAGCCAUUGGAACAAUGCCCGAGGCUUAUCCACAUUUGAUUCUUAACAAUUUUAAAACCAAGCUGGGAGAAAGGACAGCCAACGUUCUAAAGCAUCUCUUUCCAAUGCCAAAGAUAGAUGCUAAACGCAUUAUUACUUUUGCAAAUCAGUCUGACUAUAUCUCAUUCAGGCAUCAUAUUUAUGAAAAGCAUGGUGGUCCCAAGUCUGUUGAGCUCAAGGAAAUUGGUCCACGAUUUGAAAUGCGGCUUUAUCAGAUAAAGUUGGGAACGAUGGAUCAGAAUGAAGCCCACAAUGAGUGGGUUAUUCGACCAUACAUGAACACGUCCAAGAAACGCAAGUUCAUUGGGGACUGAUGCAAAAUCCAAAACCAUUUCAAGCACUGAAUUGUUGUUUCUCCAUUUCCUUUUCUCAAUUAUUCUUGAUGCUGAUAUAGUCUUGUUAUUGCUUCGUUUUUCUCUGUUUCUUCCGUUACUAUGUUAAUAGUCACAGGUCCUUUGAAAGCAUAGUUUCAUAUAUAUUGGAUCUAUUUCAAUGUAGUCUAGGUGGAUCCUGCCAUUAAUCUCAUCUGCUAUUAAUUUGA